AUGCGAUCACUCUGUCAUCACUUUCAUCGGUCUAUCACUACGUACGCGAGCUCUCUCCAAUCUAAUCUCUCAUUUCAGCGUUCAGAUAUUAUACGUAAACCUUCUGCACGCUAUUUCCAGAAUUUGGGUCUCAACGACAUGCUAUGCGAUCGAUUAACGCAACUUGGUCUUACUACUCCCACGUCUGUCCAAUGCAAGGCCAUUCCACGCAUUCUAGCGGGCGACAAUGUGGUUGUAGCGGCUGAAACAGGUGCUGGAAAGACGCUAGCUUUUCUUUUACCUAUAGUAAAUCAACUUCGCUGCAGUUCGAUAUCACCCAGCGAUAUGCGUCUACCAACUGCGCUCGUGCUCACAACGUCACAGGAACUUGUGCGACAAUUGAGCGCUGUAUUGCAUCAAAUAGAUCCGGAGAUUGCACAAUUGUCGAUAUGCUUAUUGUCGUCAAAACAAACCCUAGGACAAGGCAAUCGCGCGUGUCCGCUUCUUCUUGCCACACCUGGCGCACUAUUACGGGCUACAAAACCUAAAGACUUUGCUUUUACGCAGAUUGUUGCAGUAGAUGAGGCCGAUAUGUUAUUAAGUGGUGGUUUUGAGAAGGAAACGAAACAAAUUCUCGCAACAAUUCAAAACCAGCCGUUGCUGCGAGCCGAAUUGAACAGAUGCAGCGAUGAAGUGAAAGAAUAUUGCGAUCAAGAAGGCAAUUGGACAACUCAGACUCAAACCAUCUUUAGUGCGGCGACGAUUCCAGAAUAUGGUAACAGAUCGGUGCGCCACUAUAUCGAUCGAAAGUUUCCGUCUGCAGUAUUUGCAAUCACUGAGGGAUUCCAUCGCGUUUUACCAAAAUUGACACUACGCACACAUAAUUUGCAAGAAUUUAUACGACACAAUGAGUGUAACGACGAGCACCACGCUCGCUGUGAGCUUCUGUACCAAAUUCUUAUGUCCAAGAAUGUACAUAAUUUGGAACUCGUCCAAAAGACGCUUGUGUUCACAAACUCGAUCGCUAGCGCUGAUGCGUUAUUCGACUUUCUGGAAAAGAACAAAGGCAUGACCAAUUGUGCAGUAUUUCACAAGGGAAUAGAUCGAUUGCAACGUCAAAAGUUAUUGAAGCGACUAGAUAGCGACGAUGAUGCGGACAAGAAUCUUGUCGUCAUUUGUACUGACAUUGCUGCACGGGGUCUUGAUACAACAAAAGUGGGCCAUGUGGUACAAUUCGAGUUUGCUAGUGAUAUUGUGAGCUAUUUGCAUCGUAUUGGACGCACGGGACGUGCAGGGACCCUUGGAAUUGUCACUAGCAUUGAAUCUACCGAAAACAGUCUUGUGCUGGAGAAGAUCCGUGAAGCUGGAACGGCUACACUACAGAACGCUUUCAACGCAAUGACAGAUACAAAAGAGCUCAAGUUGCGCAGAGUCAUCGGGUAUAAUGGUUCAUAUCCCAAUACGCUGAUUUACACCACGGACGGCAGAUAUCUCAUUUACUCGCUUGGCCUUGCAGUCAUAGUCAAAGAUAUUCAACGUAACACGCAAUGUUUUUUACGUGGACACACGGAUGUCAUUACGUGUUUAGCAAUCUCAAAUGAUGGAAUGAAACUUGCUUCAGGACAACAAAGCAAAAGUCGUGGUAACAAGGCCCCAAUCCUUGUUUGGAAUCUGACAGAAGCGACUAAGCGACUCAGAUCCUCUACGGAGGGUAGUGAUAGUGACGGCAAUGACAAUUUUGUGAUUUUUCGUCUUGUACUGCACAUGGGCAAAGUACAGGCGCUUACCUUUUCGGCCCGAGAUACGUUUCUCUUUACUGUGGGUGGUCAAGAUGACAAUGCACUCGUGUGCUGGAAUAUGGAGAAUGGCGAACCUGUUUGUGGUACACCUUCCGGAGACGAUUCCACUCUAACGGUUGCUGCUUUUCAUCAUGAAGCGAAUGAUGAGUUACUGGUUACAGGCGGUAAUUAUAACAUUACUGUGUGGCGCGUCGAACACAAGCAGCGUAAAUUACAUGCGUUGCGUGCGAAUCUGGGUAAUUUAAAACGAAUUAUCACGUGCAUUGGCGUGGCACCUGAUGAUAAGGUGGCCUAUUGUGGCACGAAAACGGGGGAUUUGCUGGAAAUUUUGCUCGACUGCGAUUUGACCAAGCCUAACUGUCUCUUUCCGCCUGUAGGCAUAUUAAAGCCUCGGUACAGCCGCACAACCCAGGAACGCUUUAGCCAAGGCAUUGGGACACUUGUUGUUCAUGAUAACGAAGAAAAUCGGCGAUUUGUGUUGUUAGGCGCUGGAGAUGGACAUCUUGCUGUCCUUCAGCUUGGCUCUGCCAAAUCAGCUUCAGAUGGCUCAAAGACCAAGCCGAUUGCCACAGCGUGUUUAGAAAACCUCAUGGGCAGGGUCACAGCAUUAAGCGAAGGAAAGCACGGUGACUUCUACGCUGGCACGAACCACUCAAAUAUCUACCAGUUUCACUUAAAAGAUAUUUCCAGUGGUACAUCACACUCAAACAAUCGGCCAAGUUCUAAGGAGAUUGGACUACACGUGAUGCUGCGUUCAACUUGUCAUUAUAGCAGCAUAAAUGACAUUAUUUUUCCCAGUUCAAUUACACGUAGUCCAACUGAAAAUUCGCAUCUAUUUCUUACGUGUGCCAAGACUGACAUUCGUAUCUGGAAUGCUCGAUGCUGUCAAGAAAUUCUGCGCGUUCAAGUGCCGAAUCUAGUGUGUAAUUGCAUUGAGCUUACUCAUGACGGCGGACUUGUAGUCAGUGGAUGGGAUGAUGGGAAAUUUGCAAGCCAUCCACAUCUUCAGCUUCUGAAUGGCGAUUGA